UCUCUUCCAUUUUUACAUUCACUGUGUUGUGGUGUGGUGCAGAAUUUUGUGCCAAAUCAUUUAAUUUAGUAUACACAAUACCUUUUGGACUUGUCGAAUAAAAUAUGUAUGAUUCUCUGCCAAACUCUUUUGGAGGAAGAUCGCGUGGAUACAAUGAUCGUGACCGACGUGGUGGCGGUGGAAGCUAUGGUCGUGGUGGUGGCGGCGGUAGAGGGGGUAGCAGAGGUGGUGGCAGAGGUGGUUUUAAAAAAGAAUAUAAUGGCCCUGGAUCUACCCUGCGUAAGCCGAGAUGGGAUAUGAACUCGCUACCAAGAUUUGAGAAGAACUUUUACAGAGAACAUCCUAUGGUGCAAGCACGUUCACAGGAAGAAGCAGAAAAUUUCCGUCAGGCAAAGGAGAUUGCAGUAAGUGGCAGAAAUUGUCCAAAACCAUGUCAAUCAUUUGAAGAAGUAAAUCUUCCAGAAUAUCUUGCUGGUGUUAUUCAACGCAUGAACUUUAAAGAACCAACUGCAAUUCAGGCACAAGGCUUUUCUGUGGCAUUGUCUGGCCGUGAUCUUGUUGGGAUUGCACGUACUGGUAGUGGAAAAACAAUAUCAUUCAUGCUGCCUGCUUGCCUACACAUAAAUAAUCAACCAGAACUGCACCAUGGUGAAGGACCUAUUGUUCUUGUUUUAUGUCCUACCAGAGAACUUGCGAUUCAAGUACAGGCUGUGGCUUCACAGUUUGGACAGCCAACCAAACUGAGAAGUACAUGUGUAUAUGGCGGAGCUUCCAAAGGUCCUCAAAUACGUGAUUUAGAAAGGGGUUCCGAAAUAGUUGUUGCCACUCCUGGUCGUUUAAUUGAUCUCAUUGAAUUACGUAAAUUAAACUUGAAGCGUGUUACAUAUUUGGUAUUGGAUGAAGCAGAUAGGAUGUUGGAUAUGGGUUUUGAACCCCAGAUUCGUAAAAUCAUUGAACAAAUCCGUCCAGAUCGUCAAGUACUCAUGUGGUCUGCUACCUGGCCCAAGGAAGUUAGAAAAUUAGCAGAAGACUUUUUAACAGACUAUAUUCAAAUUAAUAUUGGCUCUUCACAAAUUCAUGCUAACCAUAACAUAUUACAAAUUGUUGACGUGUGUCAAGAACAUGAAAAAGAAAGGAAACUUAUACAGCUGCUUGAAGAAAUUAUGGGAGAAAAGCAAAACAAAACAAUCAUAUUUUUUGAAACAAAAAGAAAAACUGAUGAUAUCACUAGAAGAUUGAGGAAGGAUGGGUGGCCAGCAAUGUGCAUCCAUGGUGAUAAAUCACAACCGGAAAGAGAAUGGGUUUUAAAGGAAUUCCGCAGUGGAAAAGCUCCAAUUCUUAUGGCUACCGAUGUUGCUUCUCGUGGACUAGAUAUCCCUGACAUCAAUUUUGUUGUAAAUUUCGACUACCCGAACAGUGGUGAAGACUAUAUUCAUCGUAUCGGUCGAACUGCCCGUGCUGAAAACACUGGUACCGCCUACACGUUUUUCACUGAGGCAAACGGUAAAAAUGCUGCAGAAUUAGUUCAAGUUAUGGAAGAGGCUGGUCAAACAGUACCUCCGAAAUUGGCACAAAUGGCCGGUAGAUCAUAUGGUGGUCGCAGAAGAGUUCGUUAUAGCUCGGAGAGUGACGAUAGAAAAGGUGGUUAUAGUUCUGGAUCCAAGCGACCCGCAUCUUCAAGCUAUUCUGGUUCAUCCGCUAAACGACCCCCUCCCCCUCCUGGUCCCCCGCGUGGAAAUCCACAGCCUUUGAUGUCUGGUCGUGGUGGAAGCGGUGCCAUGGGUGGACACAGUAGUAGUCGUAGUAGUGGUGGUGGCGGAGGCGGAUCUAGUGGAAGCCGAUACGAAAGUAACUCGAACUACAAUAAUCAUUCGCAAAGUCAGAACGGUUGGAAUCAGCAAUCCCAGCAGCAAAGUAAUUGGAGUCAACCGCAACAACAAUCGAACGGCUGGAAUCAAAGCACGAGUCAAAGUAGUAAUGCUCAACAAUGGGCUCAGUACCAACAGCAAAUGGUAGAGUGGCAAACAAAGAACCAACAAUGGCAGCAGUGGCAACAAAGCCAACAAGGUGGAGCUGCAGCACAAUCCACCCACAAUUCAUAUUAAAAGCGGGCGUUUGUUUUACUAGGUGUAUAUAUAAUAUGUUCAUGACUAUGCUCAGCGAUAUAUAUGCUCUCUGUUGCUCUACUCGGCAUCAGUCACCAAGGAUUUUAAUUGAAACUUUAUAUCGACACGUUAUGUUAUAAAUCUUUUUAUUAAUAUAACAUUUUACUGAUUAUAA